UUUUUUUUUUUUUUUUCCCUCCCCUUCCCUGUUUAUCCUGAAAAGGAUUUGAAGACAGCUUGAAGGAUAAAAAGCCUUGGUGCUUCCCGGGGGCCGAGCCGAGGAGAAGAGGAAGAGCCGGGGGCUUCCGUAGCCUUCGGAGAUGGACGAGCAGCCCAGGCUGAUGCAUUCCCAUGCUGGGGUCGGGAUGGCCGGACACCCCGGCCUGUCCCAGCACUUGCAGGAUGGGGCCGGAGGGACCGAGGGGGAGGGCGGGAGGAAGCAGGACAUUGGAGACAUUUUACAGCAAAUUAUGACCAUCACAGACCAGAGUUUGGAUGAGGCGCAGGCCAGAAAACAUGCUUUAAACUGCCACAGAAUGAAGCCUGCCUUAUUUAAUGUGCUGUGUGAAAUCAAAGAAAAAACAGUGUUGAGUAUCCGGGGAGCCCAGGAAGAGGAGCCCACAGACCCCCAGUUGAUGCGGCUGGACAACAUGUUGUUAGCCGAGGGGGUGGCUGGACCCGAGAAGGGUGGAGGCUCGGCGGCAGCGGCGGCCGCAGCAGCCGCGUCCGGGGGGGCAGGCUCAGACAACUCGGUGGAGCAUUCUGACUACAGAGCCAAACUCUCACAGAUCAGACAAAUCUACCACACGGAGCUGGAGAAGUAUGAGCAGGCCUGCAACGAGUUCACCACCCAUGUGAUGAACCUCCUUCGAGAGCAGAGCCGGACCAGACCCAUCUCCCCGAAGGAGAUCGAGAGGAUGGUGAGCAUCAUCCACCGCAAGUUCAGCUCCAUCCAGAUGCAGCUCAAGCAGAGCACGUGCGAGGCAGUCAUGAUCCUGCGUUCCCGGUUCCUGGAUGCACGGCGGAAGAGACGGAAUUUCAACAAGCAAGCGACAGAAAUCCUGAAUGAAUAUUUCUAUUCCCAUCUCAGCAACCCUUACCCCAGUGAGGAAGCCAAAGAGGAGUUAGCCAAGAAGUGUGGCAUCACAGUCUCCCAGGUAUCAAACUGGUUUGGAAAUAAGCGAAUCCGGUACAAGAAGAACAUAGGUAAAUUUCAAGAGGAAGCCAAUAUUUAUGCUGCCAAAACGGCUGUUACUGCCACCAAUGUGUCAGCCCAUGGAAGCCAAGCUAACUCACCCUCCACUCCCAACUCAGCGGGUUCUUCCAGUUCUUUUAACAUGUCAAACUCUGGAGAUUUGUUCAUGAGCGUGCAGUCACUCAAUGGGGAUUCUUACCAAGGGGCCCAGGUUGGAGCCAACGUGCAAUCACAGGUGGAUACCCUUCGCCAUGUUAUCAGCCAGACAGGAGGAUACAGUGACGGACUCGCAGCCAGUCAGAUGUACAGUCCGCAGGGCAUCAGUGCUAAUGGAGGUUGGCAGGAUGCUACUACCCCUUCAUCAGUGACCUCCCCUACAGAAGGCCCUGGCAGUGUUCACUCUGAUACCUCCAACUGAUCUCCCAGCAAUCGCAUCCCGGCUGACCCUGGGCCCCAGUUGGGGCAGGGGCAGGAGGGAGGGUUUCUCUCCCAACGCUGAAGCGGUCAGACUGGAGGUCGAAGCAAUCAGCAAACACAAUAAGAGUCUCCUUCUCUUCUCUUCUUUGGGAUGCUAUUUCAGCCAAUCUGGACACUUCUUUAUACUCUCUUCCCUUUUGUUUUUUGUUUUGUUUUGUUUUGUUUUUUCUGGGUAGAAGCCACCCUUCCCUGCCUUCAACUGUCAGCCUGGUUUUCAUCAUCUUCCCUGUCCCCUGCCCUCUGUGCUAGACUUCCGGGGUCCCUGUCCUCUAUUACAUCACUGAAGGAUAUUUUUAACAAUUAGGAGAAUUUAAAGAUGAAAAAAAAUCCACAGAGAAAAAAAUAAUAAUAAUAAAAGUCUUUGUAUGUUUUCAUGCUGGUGGUUUGAGGAGCCAAAUUUACCUCACUCUGAUCCCUACGUUAACAGGAAAUCCCUCUCUGUCUCUCUUGUUGCUCUCACUACCUCUUAACCAGGAAUAUGCCACAUUGCCCUACUCAUUCCAGAUCACUCUCCUCCUCUUUGUUCCUCCUCCCCAGGGACAACACUUAUUGAAAUACUUUCUUCUGCUUCCUUCUGGUCCUAGGUAUUUCUUGGGGACUGCUGGGCUUGUAAAAAGUGCCACAUUUUCCAGUUUCAGCUCUACUAGGUUGCUUCCCAGGCAAGAAGUCAGGCAGCAGGGGAGGGUAGAAGGAAGAGUAGGACAGGAUUCUUCUGGCUUUCUCAUCUUCCUAACCACAGCUCUUGGUUUCAGAGGUACAAUCUUUGGAGACCAUUCAACACUUAGGUAACAGUGUUCAGAACCUACUGCAAACCAGGUUUAGCAUAGUGCUAAAUGCUACAUCAGCUAGGACUAGAAGCACCUGAUUGUGACAAGCUUUAACUAUCCCUCCAUACGCGUGCACACACAUGCACACAAACACACAUUUAGACACAUGCACACUCUCACAUGCUCUCUUUCUAAAGAUGUCACACACAAAUACAUACAUUAGUAAUGACAGCACUCUGCCUGACAAGCUUGAGAAAGAGAAAGGAAUGAUCUUCAGAGUGAAAGUCACCCAUAUGGAGAAGCCUGGGGCUUCUAGACCCUGUAGACAUAAACUUACCAGAAUGGCAUGCCCAUGACUUUACUGUGAUGAAGGCCAGGUCUCCAGCAUAAAGUAAUCCUGUCCACCCCACCUCAGGGAACUACAGAAAGUACUUCCAAUGUCUAUCAUGGAUUUGGUUUUUUUGUUUUGUUUUUGUUUUUGUAUUUAGGCACAGUGCAUUAUCCAAAACAUUAUACUGUACCACGUUCUUGACCUUGGUCUCUUCCUCUGGAGGAGUGUUGUAAGAACAUGGUUUAGGUGAGUUUAUAGCUAGCUUAAUUUGAAGACAUGAGGGUUGUGGGAAAGGGGCCAUAAUGUUUUCACUGAAAACAUCACGUUAAUUUGUGCUCACUGAGAUUGUGUAACAAAACUGCAUCCAGUGGAAAGCUAUUCUCAAAUUCCACCUGAGCUAACAUUCUUGAGAGCCAUUUCAGCCAGCAAUAAAGAUCACAGCUUUGCCCAGUUGAGUCAGUGGGAGGUGGAUGGAUCUCUUGGUGCAAUUUCUUCAUCUAUAAACUGAGGUUUGCUAUGCAGAACCCUCUGCACAAAAGGGUUUGUAAAAAAAAAAGAUUUUAUUCAUUUUCAAUAGUUAAGCAGGUUCAUGGUUUGUCAGGACAAUAAUUGAUUUUCUUGAUCCAAAUUCUGGUUACCAUCAGUACCCAGAUGUCAUCACCAUGCUGACGGGGGGGAGGGAGUUUGGGGGGAGACUUGUUUUGUUUGAUUUAAUUUUGGUGUUUGGUUUCUUAAGAAAGAGAAAAACCUCAAACUAGAAAAAGUAGUAUCUGGUUCUGUUUUUCCUUGAAUCCCAUAUGUGGCCUUGCAAAGUACCUGUCCCCUAGCACAUUUGCUCCCUUUGAGAGGCUUCCAGGAGGAGGUGCCAGACCCUAAGGGCCAAGGAUGGCUAGUCAACAAAGUCAUGAAAUUCUGCAUGGUACUUCAGUAAUGUGCAUUUGGGGGAACCAGGGAUACUACCUAAACAAUUUUUAGAAAUGUGGAUGUGGAUGAAAUGGCAAAAUGGCAAAAAUGAAAGCAUAUCUAGAUGAUCAAGGCCACUAGAAAGUCCAUGCCUACUAAAUUGUGGCAUAGUCAGAACAGGUCUAGAUCAAUCAGGUUUCUAGAAGAAGCAUCUUUGGGACAACUCUUUAGUGAUGAGAACCAGAAGAGAAGUUUUUCUCAGUGGCAGGAAUAUAUUGAAACUAUUCACACAGGAAUAUGCUUGAGUCACCUCACUUGAUCAGGACAAAGUACAAAAAAAAAAAGACAACAGUAACAAAAAACACAAGGGAAACAAAAAGAAUGGCUCCAGAUCUAGAUUGAAUGUCAUUUCUUCACUUCAUGGGACAAAAAGAAAUCAGAGCAGUGCUACAUUUGCAGACAGUUCCCUUUCCCUUCCCAGCAGUACUUUUCAGCAAUCACCUUACACAGCACCUUCCCCUUCAAGCACCUCACUUAGGGGUCUCCUUUGUACCUACAAUCUCCUUUGCAAAGUACUCUGUCACUUCCAACAUGGCGGCAGCCAUGCGCUUUCUCUGCAUUAUGCUAGACCUGAGAAUACUGGCAGGCUAAUUGUGUGGAUGGGAAGAGCAUGUCUCUGGAAAUAACUUCCUGGAAUUCAUAUCAGGUCAACUCCAGACACCCAAGCUGUACCCCAGGAUUCCUUCAUUUUCUAAUGGAAGUGGGGAGCUCCCAUUUUCUCUGACAGCAAACUUCCCCAGGUGAAUGAUUCUAGACUUUGGGUUUGCCCACUUUGGAACUCUUCAUUACAUCUUACCCCUCAUCCCUAACUCCUUCCCCUGGAGUGGAAUAGACUCCAGUGCAGUACUUAACGCUCACUGGCCCCUUCUUUAAAGUUUAUUUUUCCUUUUGCUGUUG